GAUGCUAUGUAUCGAGUUAGUUUACUAGUUGGACAAAUGAGGCGCUAAAUGUCAACCAAUUUUAGUAUACCACUAAAUAACGAUCUAUUGUUAUACCUCUUGAAACGUAAAUGCUAAUUAAAACGACGCAGUUCUAAAUUGAACAUAUUGGUUUAUCCAGUUUAACUCUCCGAUAUUCUAAUUUAAGCUAUUUCCAUAUUUGCAAUUUAUAAUAGGAUAGAGCAACGUAUUAUCACGAUUCCACAACGAUUCGAUGUAUUAGAUAAGCAUGGAAAAAUAUAAACCCUGAAACUUACUGACAAAUUAAGCAUUCACCUAAGGCUGAUCGAUUACGUAUAUGUAUCACUGGACGGUUUUGUGUCCUUGAGAGUAGGAAAUGAAAUAUUCGUAAGCUAUGGUCUAACUUUUGUACGGAUGUUCAACUAAAAGGGAUAGUAUGGAUUGCGAUGAGAGUGGACGGCUUUUGUUAUUUGAGAAAUUUCAUUAUGAAGAAUGAUUGCAUGUGUUGUGAAUCUGCGCUAAAUAAUAAUUGGCGCGCCUGCUUAAUGAACGAAGGGGCACGAUGCGCGUGAGCGUAUGCGCGUUAAGUAGAGGCGCGCGUGUACGCCUCCUGUCAGAGUUGUCCGUCCGUAACGCCGCAGGACGAGUUGUCUCCGUAGAAAAGCCGCCUAUGGUGGUGGUAGCUCGCGAGUUUCUCGAGGGACCAUUUUUUUCCUUCAUCGUCCUACAGCUUUUCGCGCACAAUCGAUAGUCGAAGCGUGUAUAUCUCACGCGCCACGACGUAUACACGUUUUAUUAUUGUAAUUUUGUGCAAACGAAGGUUAGUGUACGACGAACAUUGUUCGGUUCAGUAAGCGCACGAAUCGAUUCGACCAGGAUGUCUCGAGGAAACAUCGACCAUGUACCUGCGAAUACAUCGAUGUAAUAUGUGAUCUGGAUAACCGCUCGUUUCUCUGGGUUAUCUCGACUCUUGGUUCACAUUUCGUUCCUUGAGCUUUUUUCGUGACAGAUCCCGACGAAAUAUGAUAAAGGAUCCGACAUUUGUCUUCGUAUGAAGAAGGAAUCAUUUAACACAGUUGCAGUAUUGCUCCCGGUGGAACGAUAUUAUAUGAGAAAUGUCUGCUUUUUGACAGGAUCAAAUAUUUUAUUUUUACAUUUUUUGUUGAAUAACGUUAACAAAUUGGCGAACGAAGGACAGGAAAAAAGGGGGAAAAAAAAGUAUCACGAUAAGCAAACAGCUGCCGGUCUACGCGUCUCCGCUUCGAUGACCGAAGUUAUGCGAAACCGAAGUCUAUAGACAGAAGAGUACAUAUGGGAAUGGUCAGGUCAAUAUAUGACUUAAAAAAGAAUUAAAAAUCGUGAAAUGAGAAUUACACGAUUCAGGAUAGAUUUGUUUAUAGGGAAAAUUAUCAUUGAUCUUUAUUUCAUAUUGUGAAGGAUGUAUCAUGAUGGAUAUUUGAAGGAUAUUUAUUUAAUUUUUGAUAACUAUGAUUGAAAAAUGGCAUUUGAUUCUAUGAUUCUAUGAUUUAUGAGGUUUGAUGUUAAAGAGAAGUCGAGAUAUCAAAAAGAAGAUAUUUUGAUGACAUUAUUAUCAAGAGUAAUACAUCAGCAAUUUUGAAGUUGUUCAGGAUGGAUAAGACAUCAUUAGCUUUCUAGGAAAAUUUUUUGAAGGUGUCAUUCAACAAAGAAAGUCAAAGAAAAUCUGAACUAGAAGUAUUCCAGUACAAACUGUUCAUCUCGAGAUUCUUUGUGAGCUGGGCAUGGUCUUAGGGACGACGGCGGGGCGAUGACGCUCUACCACCGUCGUUCGUCAUCGCCACGAGUCCCUCAGGACUCACCCUAUCUCCCGAACCCGAUCCUGAAAUUGGCCCUGAUCCUUGCCUCCGUUAACCAACGUUAUCAUUGUUUCUCGACGCGGAAACUGGCAAAGACGAACGCCAUUUGGGCGUUCGAGAGGAGGUAUGAAGGAUCGACCUCAUCGUCCUUACCGAGAUCAUCACGGACAGGCGAUGCCCUUGGAAGAAGUUCAGGGAUUGCUGCUUCCACCCUCCAGAACAGGUAACCGGGGACCUCUGACGAUUGUACAGGUUGGGAAAGGAAAUGGGGGCGGUGGAGAUGGCGGAAGUGAUUUACUGAGAUUGGAACCACCCUCGGAUUUAAGGCCAACUCCGUCGCCCUUGUCCGAAACGAGCGCAACAUUGCAGUCCGACAACAAUGAUACCUUUAGCGGAGGUGUCGAUCCACGAUUAUUGUUGGGCGCAAACACCGGGGGCGACCGUAACACGUGGGAGGGUCGUUACCGCGUGAAGGAGCAUCGGCGUGCUGGAAAAGCGACCUUUCAAGGUCAGGUUUACAACUUCCUGGAACGUCCCACCGGCUGGAAGUGCUUCCUAUACCACUUCUCUGUGUUCAUGGUGGUAUUGGUGUGCCUCAUAUUUAGCGUUUUGUCGACCAUAGAGCAAUACAGUAACUUCGCAAACGAAACCCUCUUUUGGAUGGAAAUAUGUUUGGUGGUAUUCUUCGGUGUGGAAUACUUGGUGAGAUUAUGGAGCGCGGGUUGCAGAUCGAAGUAUAUGGGUUGUUGCGGCAGGCUCCGCUUCAUACGGAAACCGAUUUGUAUCAUAGAUUUAAUCGUGGUGGUCGCGUCGAUGGUGGUGCUGUCUGUAGGAAGCAAUGGUCAAGUAUUUGCCACUUCUGCAAUAAGAGGCAUAAGAUUUUUGCAAAUAUUACGAAUGCUUCAUGUCGAUCGACAAGGUGGCACGUGGCGACUUCUCGGCUCUGUUGUUUUCAUCCAUCGUCAGGAGCUGAUUACGACACUGUACAUCGGGUUCCUAGGUCUCAUUUUCAGCAGCUACUUCGUGUAUCUUGCCGAAAAAGAUGUAAUAGGUCCCGAUGGAAAAACAGAUUUUUCCAGCUAUGCCGAUGCACUUUGGUGGGGCGUGAUUACUGUAACCACAAUCGGAUACGGUGAUACCGUCCCACAAACGUGGAUGGGAAAAAUAGUCGCCUCGUGUUUCAGCGUAUUCGCUAUAUCCUUUUUCGCACUUCCAGCCGGAAUAUUGGGCUCCGGUUUCGCGUUGAAGGUGCAGCAAAAGCAACGGCAGAAACACUUCAAUAGGCAGAUACCUGCCGCGGCAAUGUUGAUACAGUGCCUGUGGAGGUGUUACGCCGCCGACAAAGCCAUCAACAGCGUGGCCACGUGGAACAUUUACAUCAAGGAUCCGGCACCGACCGGACAACCCUCCACACCAUUGGGAAAGUUGAUUUGUGUAAAGAAGAUGUCUCUGAUGAUCCAGGUGGCAAAGAAGGCGAACGUGCUGAAGAGGCGUAAAUCGAGGAAUCGAAUGGACGUGCAACAGCAGCAGCAGCAGCAGCAACAGUCGUUGCCGCCGGUCACGAUAUCCGGUGGCAUGUCGAGCGGUGGCGCCACCGGUGACCAAAACGACAAUCAAAGGAUGGAGAACGAGGGAGACGUUAUCUUCUACAUGGAGGAACCGAAAGCGGGCACGCCUAAUCGUGCUAGACGCGACAAUCGGGGAAGCCUCUUCACCUCGCAGACGAGCUCCGUCACGGAGGCUACCAGCGACGAAAUCGACAUUGAUAUCGAGGAACCGCAGAGGGUUACCACGUUGACGGAGGCGCAUCGAAACGCCAUAAGGGCGAUCAGGAAGAUCAAGUAUUUCGUGGCCAGAAGGAAGUUCCAGCAGGCGAGGAAACCGUACGAUGUACGUGAUGUGAUCGAGCAGUACAGCCAAGGCCACUUGAACAUGAUGGUUCGAAUCAAGGAGUUGCAGAGGAGAUUGGACCAGACCCUGGGCAAACCGGGCAGCUACCUAGCAGGAAUCGACCGAGCGGGGAACGUGAAGCCAAUGACUAUAGGCGCACGCUUAUACAGGGUCGAGCAGCAGUUGUCCGUGAUGGACAAGAAAUUGGACCAGCUGGUCUACGUGCUGAACGCGGUGGCACAAAAGCAACAAAUACCCCUGAGGAGUAUAGAGGACGACGUGUAACAGAAAGCCCCCGGCGAGCUCGUGCCAUCUAUUUCGCGAUCAUCGGCAAUUCCAUGGACUUUGCCUCGUGUUACCAUAACCAACGUCGCGGCGAAUAUGUUAAGCAAAAGCGGUUGAAUCCGCGAUCGGCCUUGUGCACUCGGCUGCAAAUGCAGGGAUCUUUCUUACCUACGCGUACAUAGAUCAAAGUAACAUUCGAAAGAAACUGGAGAUACUGGACGAUUUUUGUUCUCGACGAUUGUUUUAUAUUAGUUAUUUAUGGAUUUCUUAUUGCUUAUUUGAUUGUCGAUUGAAGGAUAUUAAAUGAAAUGGAGAAGAAAUGGAUUAAGAAAUGGAUGAGGAUUUGGGAAAUUGAAAGAAACAACGAAUCACGAAAACGAAAGAAAAUGAUGGAAAAAAAUCGAAGUUAAAAGUUUAAGAUAGAUUUAAAAAGAUUCAAGAUUUCAAAAGUAAAAAUUAUGAAAUAAGUGGAAAAGAAGAGAUUGUGCAGUUAUUGGAUAAGGAUCGAUAAUUAAGAAUUUAUAACGAAUAAAAAAGAAGAAUUGUUUAAAAUUAAGAUUUAAUUGAUACCAAAAACUUAACGAAAGUUAAAAAUUUAUAUCUAUUUUUAAAUAAUAUGGAAUCUCGCCGAAAAAUCUCAUUGAACUUUAUACGAAAAUAUCCAAAGGAUUACAAGAAAAAAAAUCAUCUUUACUUUUUGCAUAAAUCUGGAACCAAGAAUGAAUUAAAUAUUAUUCAAUUUUUAAAUUAUUCAAAUAUUUAAUUCAAUUAUCAUAAAAAAAACGAAUAAGAAAGAUAGUACCUGAACAUUCAAAGCAAAGGAUCUAUAUAUAAUCAGAAAAUCGUCCAAUAUACAGAAACUCCUUUAUAAUCGCAAAGAAACCAAACUAAAAAAGAAAUAAAAAAAAGAAAAAAAUAAAAAAUAUAAAAAAAAAGUUUUCUUUGACAUUGUUCGUACCUCGUCUUAAAGAAAAGAAAAGGAAAAAAAGAACUAGAAAGUAAAAAAAAAGAUUCGUAAAAUCCUCCAGCCCAGAGGGCGCUUAUCUCCGGGAAGAAAUCGAUCUAGAUCCUAUAAAAGAAUUUGGCAGGAGCAAAGCUCACUUUAAACGUCGUCGCUUACAUAUACUUCCUCUACUGAUACUGAUCAGUGGUCCUCGAAGAAUAGCUUUCAUAAAACCGAUCACGCUAAACGCACAGGAAUGAUUGUUCUCUUCGAACAAACUUGGGAACCGAUGGAACAACGUUGGGAAAACGUUGGAACAAUAUAAAGUUAAAUAAUAAAUUGAAAAUAAAAAUAAUAAUAAUAAUAAUAAUAAUAAUAAUAAUAAUAAUAAUAAAAAUAAUAAUAAAAAUAACGAAAAACAAUGGAAAAUAUAUUCAUCAUGUCGAUCGUGAGUUCUCGAUAUAUAAUCAGGAGAGAUCGAUGUUUUUGGACGAUUUAAAAGCAAACGCAUCGAAAGAUCGAUCGAUAAAAAGGUGUUUAUAUGGUAGAAUGGUGAUAAGUCGAUCGGUAAUAAAGAAUUUGUUCCGAAAAAGCAGUUUAGGUACGCGAGAGAAAUGAAUGCAAACGUAUUGGGAACAUCACUUGGGCCAACUAGGAAUAAUAGAGAGGAACAAUAAGCAAAUAUAAAGAAAAACUUCCUAGGCGAGAUAUAUCUCUAUAGGCUAUACAUAAUAUAUUAUAUAUAUAUAUAUACACAUAUACAUACAGAUAAAACUUCUAGUCUCUGCUGGUAAUAACGAUCAAUUAUUAAGCCUUAAAAUUAAUCACGAACUUUGAAUAUCUUAUUGCUAAUCUAAUUAGAAAGGAAUCGAAAUACAUAUGUGUAUAACUGCGUGUACCAAUGGGUACAUGUAUUGUACAAAUACGCGGUAUCGAGUUCUAUAUAUACAUUGCUAGAAAAUGUUUUUUUUUCCCUCUCUCUCUCUCUCNUCUCUCUCUCUCUCUCUCUCUCUCUCUCUCUCUCUCUCUCUCUCUCUCUCUCUCUUUCCUUUCGAUUUUUAGCACAAACGCGCCAUCUUAUAUUGAAUACGCGAGAACGUUACACAUAUAUAUAUACGUUGCAUAUGAAUGCUUUGAAAAAUAAUAAAAAUGUUGAAAUAAUAUCGUCUCCUCAUACGAUUGUAGCGAACAGAUUUUUAUUAUAAAAAAAAAAAANNNAAAAAAAAAAAAAAAAAAAAAAGAUCGCAUCACCCUGUUCGAUAUGGGUGUUCGUUCCUUUUGCGAGCUGCAAAUUCUUUUGGGCUUGCAUUUAGCGAUCUUUCAAAUAGUGAAUGAAGCAAUAUUACUUGGAUGUACAGGAUAUUCGAGUUGCUGUUUUUAAAUUUUUUUUUUUAUUAUAUUAGAUUUUUUUAUAUAAAAAAAAUUAUUAAUUGAUGAUUGAAUUAAUUAUAAAAUGACAGUAUUUGAAUCAUUUUGAUCUCGUUCGUAAUAUUGUAUAUGUCUUUCGGAAAUAUGUUUUGUUUCGUAUUAUAAAGGGGAAUGGAACACGCGAUGUAAAUAGAAUCGCUCGUCGCUUGUAUCGACUGUGUGAUUCGACCGCGACAUUAUGCUCGAGACCAGAAAGAGCUACGCACGUACGUCGUACGAGAGUGCGUAUCAAAUAAUUUUAAUCUAUUUAAAAAUUGAAAUAAUAAAAAAAACUAUUAAUAAAAUAUUGAAAAUUCAAAACAACGGUGCGUGAAAAAGGAAAUUUUAAUAAUAAUUGGAAAUUAUUUAUUUUCAAGAAUAAAAUUCGGGGAAAUAUUCAAAGAACUUUCAUUCACACAUUUCCACAUAUUUUUUUAUUGCUUUAAAUAAAACUGUCGUUAUAUCACGAACAUCCUGUAUAAGCCCAUACCGCUCGUGGACGUAUAUAAAACAUAAAGAAUCUUACAUUCUAGUAUGCCACGAAAUAUGUGAAAGAAACAAUGGCGGUGUAUAUAUACAUAUUUCAAGAGUAAAAUAAUAAUAAUAAUAAUAAUAAAAAUAAAAAAGAGAAAGAAAAACAGAAAAUCGGAUUAUAUUCUGCAUAUAUAUACAUAUUAUGAUAUAAAUACAUUUAUAUUUUCUACGUAGGUUAUCGAAUACGUAUCGGCACGUAAAAAACCGUUAUUAAUCGACACCGUUAAGAUAUUAUAUGCGUAAAACUCACGUCUAAUUUCUAAGCGAUUUGUGUGUAUGCGUGAGUGUGCGUGAUGUAGUACAAGAAACAUUUUCCCACUUCUUAUUUCUCAUCCUUCGUUGACCAUUCGAGUGUAAAAGAAUAUAAAAAAAUUUAAAUAUGAAGAAAAAUAACCAAAUAUAUUUCUCUACAAGGCUUAAUAAUCUGCAGUGAUUAUACUAAUAAAUUAAACAAACAAGAUCACAUUUCAAAUUAUUUGAAAUAUAUUCAAAUUAUUUGAAUAUAUAAAAUUUUAAUAAUAAUUAUUAUUAUUUUAAAUUCCUAAAGAUUUGCAAAGUUCUUAUACGUGCAAAUGAAUGACUAAUUUUAUUUGUUUAUAACAUCCUCUAUCCUUUCCAAAUCUAGAAGCUGCUAAUCUAGAAACGAUCAAAAUAACCACUUGUUUAAAAGAAAAGGAAUUUUAAUAAUUAAAAAAAAAAAUAUUCAUUUAUUCAAGAAGAAAGAAUAUUAUCUCAGAAUAUCAAUUUUCUAAUUCUUUAAAAUAGUUAAUCGAUUGGAAUAACUAUUAUUGAAAGGAAUAAAACAAAAAAAAAUUUUUCUCUCGAAUGGUUGAAAUCAACGGGCAUCCUUUAUCUUAUUUUGAAAUUCUAUAUUGUUCGUUUUCGCGAGACACACGAAAUCUGAUCUCUCGAAAUUCACGAAAGUGUUUGCAAAGCGUCUCGUUUUAAUCUCGACUACUCACGACUACACACACACACAUACUCUCUCUCUCUCUCUCUCUCUCUCUUUCAUCUCGAAGGUUUAAUCGAUCUCUCUGCGCGGGAAGGACCAGUCUCUUGUUAACUAGGAUUACAUUUAUCGUCGAGCGAAAUAUUGCACUGAAAAUAUCUAUCGUCUUAACUUAUAUUAAAGUAAUGCAAAUUUGUAUAUAAUAUAUAUACAUAUAUAUAUAAUACAUAUAGCAAGGUAGGAAACAAUUUCUCAAGCGAAGCUGCUUUUAGGAGUAUUUUGAAAUCGAGUGGGCGGAAGGAAGAUCGUGUAAGCGCUUUAAUUCCGUGUCUUUUAAAAUUCUUCGCGCUCUUUUAUAUAAUACAUUUCAAAUUCUUAAUUCGUUUUAACAAAUCGAAAUUUUGAAAAUAUUUUAAAAAGAAAGAAAUUUUCGAUAAAUUAUCUUCAAAAA